AUGUACUACUAUGAAUCGGAAUAUGAUUUGGAAUGUCGUGGUUACAUCGACUUAUGUGAUGUCGGUAGCGUUGAGGUGGAGAAUAAUGGAAGCAAGGCCAUUCUUGAGUUGCGUACGAAAAAACGUGUCUACUCUCUACUAGCAGAAAGCCGUCUCGUAGCUGAGGCAUGGAAAGAGAAAAUUGAAAUUGUUCUCAAAGAGUGA